AUGGCUCCCAAGAUUGCAAUCGUUUUUUACUCGAUGUAUGGUCACGUCAAGCAGCUGGCGGAGGCUGAGAUGAAAGGUAUCGAGGCAGCAGGCGGCACAGCCGACAUCUUCCAAAUUGCAGAGACUCUCCCUGAGGACGUUCUGAGCAAGAUGUAUGCUCCUCCCAAGUCUAGCUACCCUAUAGCGGAGCCUACAGAUCUGUUGGAAUAUGAUGCUAUUCUUUUCGGUAUCCCCACACGUUUCGGUAACUUCCCUGCUCAGUGGAAGGGUUUUUGGGACAAGUCCGGUUCGAUCUGGGCAUCUGGUGGCUACUGGGGCAAGUAUGCUGGCCUCUUCAUCUCCACUAGCGGCCAAGGUGGUGGUCAGGAGUCGACUGCUAUUGCCUCAAUGAGUACCCUCGCUCACCAUGGCCUAAUCUAUGUUCCCCUGGGCUACAAGUAUACCUUCUCGCAGUUGACCGACCUUGAAGAAGUCCACGGCGGUAGCCCCUGGGGCGCCGGUACUUUCUCUGGAGGUGACGGCUCACGCCAACCUAGUAAGCUUGAGCUAGAUAUAGCUGAAGCUCAGGGAAAAGCCUUCUAUGAGACUGUCUCUAAUGCUACUUGA